UUAUCAUCACACUCCUCCCUUCCCCUGGUCUUUCCUGCUUUCAGCUGCAGGAAAGGAAACAGAAACCAGCCUGUGGGAGGGUCCAGCACUCUAGACUUUAAACAGCAGCUGAUUCACGAGAAACAAGAGACAGUGGCAGAAAGGAGCAAGCAAGCAAGACACCCACCCUCAGAGCAACUAAAGGCUUCCAUUGGCUGUUCAUGGAACCCCAUCAGCAAAACAGAAGAGGAGGUGGUAGAAACAAUCAGCCUUGGAGAAAUGAAAGGGACCAUCAUGGUCAUGAAGCUGGGGCCCAUCAGGAAAACCAGAGAAGAAGAAACCAGAAUCAAGAAGCAGGGCAAAAUCACAGAGCCAACCAACAAAGGCCAGGGGCAAACAGAGCAGCAGGAGGUAGAGAUGGAAACAAUGGUCCUUUUCGAAACCAGAACCCCCAGCAGCAGCAGAGAAAUCAAGGACGACAGGGAAAUGGAGCUGGGGGCCACCAAGAAAACUGGAGAAGAAGAAAUGAGAAUCAAGAUGCAAGGCAGAAUCAUAGAGACAACCAGCAGCAGAAUGUUAGGCGUCUGGGCUAUAAAGCUGUAGAGGCCUUGUUAGAUAAGGAGCCCUCAGAAGUAGUCAUCACACUAGCAUCACACUCUGGCCUUGGAGAACUGCUUUCACUCACAAAUCUGAAGCCAAACUUUGUAGAGCUGCUCUGCAAAGUUUUUUGUAGAGCUUGCAGCUCAAAGCUAGAUCGCCUGAGCAUCCAGCACCUUCUGGGGCAGGUCAAGUCCUCUCACUUCCUAAAUAUCUGCCUGCCAAAAUAUGUGGUUGAAAUGAUGACAGAUCAUGUUCAGGAGAGACGUAACCGCUACCCAGAGCACAUUUCCAAUAUACUUAGACUCUUGCAAGAACUGAUGAGCAUCUUCCCAGCAAGUACUGUUGUGGAGACAUCAAUGUUGUUAUCCCUUCUCCCUGGCUCUAUUAAUGCUCUACGUUCAUCUGGAGUUGAAAUUGGAGCGGAAAUUGAACAAAGCCUGGAAAGGGUAUCUGAUUUAGGCAGACACUUGCAAGAUAAAAAGAGGGAGGGAACAUUGCGUGUGGACACACAUAUAACUAUUGGCACAGAGAUCCCUGCUGGGAAUUACAGAACAAUGAGUGUGUACCCCAGCUUUAAUGAGAUUCAUCAAGGUGAAAAGCCUUUUCUCCGGCCAAAUACACUUAACUGUAAAUAUGAAAGCACCGCCCUCUACUUGGACACUCACUUUCGUCUCUUGCGUGAAGACUUUGUGCGCCCUUUGAGGGAUGGGAUCCAAGAGCUCCUUAUGUACCAUGAUGAUAAUGCCUCCCACAAGAGGAAGUUUGAUGACAUUCGGAUUUACUUUGACACAAGAAUUAUUUCUCCUCUGUGCACAUCAUUAGGUAUUGCAUACAAGGUGCACUUCGACACCACUCCAUUAAAGAUGGUGCGAUGGCAAAACUCUAAAAGGCUGCUAUAUGGAUCUCUGGUCUGCCUUUCCAAGGACAACUUUGAAACCUUUCUCUUUGCCACAGUAUCCAAUCGUGAUGCUGCAGAGCUUGCCAAUGGGGAGGUACAGUUGCAAUUCAGUGAGCUGAGCCGAGCUCUUCUUGCACAAACUCAGCCAAAUGACUCCUUCCUUAUGGUGGAGACCACAGCGUAUUUUGAGGCCUAUCGCCACGUCUUAGAAGGGUUGCAAGAAAUAGAUGAUCAGGAUGUCCCAUUUCAAAAAUACAUUGUAGAUUGCCAGAAUCAAGUGAGGUCUCCUCUGUAUCUUGACAUGGGAAUUUCAUAUGAUCUCUCUUGCCUGAUUGCUGAAAACAGUGAUAAAGCCAGGAUAAGGAAGAACAUUAACAUCCUGGAGUCCAGAGAGUGGCCUUCCAUGGAUGUUCUUGGCUUUGAUGAAUCUCAGAUGGAGGCUGUACAGCUAGCACUGACGAAGGAGUUGGCUAUCAUCCAGGGGCCUCCAGGCACAGGGAAGACGUAUGUUGGACUGAAAAUUGCAAGAACCCUUCUUUCUAACUCAGAUGCUUGGCAGUUUGAAGGCCGCUGCUACCCUGUGCUUGUUGUGUGCUACACAAAUCAUGCACUCGAUCAGUUCCUAGAGGGAAUCCAACACUUCCUGGGCAAGGGAAUAGUGCGAGUGGGUGGAAGAAGCAACAGUGAGGUUCUAAAGCAAUUCACUCUUCGGCAGCUAAGAGCCAGUCCAGACUUCCACAGAAAUGUCCCCCCUCAUCUUCGUAGGGGUUAUUUUGAAAUCAAGCAGAGUAUGAAGGAGUCUGAGCAAAAGCUUCAGGAGGGGGCGCAACUCCUGCAGUGCUCUGUGUCUGGUAUAAUCCACGAGAGAUUCCUGGAAAAUUACAUGAAAGCAGAGCAUUGGGACAGUCUUCUGAGCAUUGAGGAGGAUGACGAUUUCUGUUUCCAGAAUAGCCGUGGGAAACCGUCUGCGAUCGUGGAGUGGCUAGCUUUGGGUGUCACCCCAUAUGCUCGUACCCCAGACCUCAAUGGAGCAGGGGCACAGCCCCAGGAUCUCCAAGAAGAAGAAGAGGAAGAAGUAGAAGAUGAGGAGGAUGAGCUGAUUGAGAUUCCAGAGGAAGCAGACAUCAUUCAGGCAGAGCGUGUGCUUGAUGGUGAUGAGGAGGCAGCAAGACCAAAGAGGAAAGACACGAAUGAUGUUAGAGAACUGGCAGAUUUAUUGCUUGCAAUGUCCUUGGAAAACAAGGAGCAAAGUGAAAAUGCUGUGGAGACGGGCGAAUGGGAGUUCACUAGGAAGCAAAAGAAGAAGAGCAAGAAAAAGGUGAAGAAUGAAUUGAGGAAACUUGAUUCAAUGACAGCAGAAGAGGCUGACCAGGUGACAGAUAUUUGGCAUCUGAACAUUAGGUCACGCUGGAGGCUUUACAGAUUCUGGUUACACUGUUACCAGUUAGGAAUACGCCAGAAAAUCCUAUCCCACGAGGAGAAGUACCAGGAACAUGCCGAUCGGUUGGCAGAGUUGAGGGUACAAGAAGAUUUAGUUAUCCUAAAACAUGCCCAGGUCAUUGGCAUGACAACCACAGGAGCUGCCAAAUAUCGUAAAAUACUGCAGGAAGUGAAGCCGCGAAUUGUCAUUGUGGAAGAAGCAGCAGAAGUUCUGGAAGCCCAUAUCAUAACCACCCUCAGCUCUGCAUGCCAGCAUCUGAUCCUCAUUGGGGAUCAUCAACAGCUGAGGCCCAGUGCGAAUGUUUAUGAUUUGGCAAAGAACUUUAACCUGGAGGUGUCGCUGUUUGAGCGUCUCAUCAGAUCCAACCUGCCAUUUGUCCGUCUAAACUAUCAGCAUCGCAUGCGGCCUGAGAUCGCUCGGCUCCUCACUCCUCACAUCUACAAAGAACUGGACAAUCACCCAUCUGUGCUCAAUUAUGAAAGCAUCAAGGGAGUCUCCACCAAUCUUUUCUUUGUGGAACACAACUUUUUAGAGCAAGAAAUAAAAGAUGGAAAAAGUCAUCAAAACAUGCACGAGGCUAAAUUCAUAGUUGAACUCUGCAAGUACUUUCUCUGCCAGGAGUAUAAGCCAUCUCAGAUCACCAUCCUCACCACAUACACAGGCCAGCUCUUCUGCCUCCGCAAGCUUAUGCCUGCCAAAAAGUUCUCUGGUGUGAAGGUGCAUGUGGUGGACAAGUACCAAGGUGAAGAGAAUGAUAUAAUCCUCCUUUCGCUGGUACGCAGCAAUAAAGAGGGAAGAGUUGGCUUUCUUCAAAUCUCUAAUCGAAUUUGUGUGGCACUCUCCAGGGCAAAGAAAGGACUUUUCUGUAUUGGCAACAUGGGAAUGCUGGGAAAAGUGAAUUUAUGGAGCUGCAUCAACCUUACUUUGCGACAAAGGAAUCAAAUCGGUGAUUGCCUUAUGCUUUGUUGCCAGAACCACCCAGAUGUGCGCACCCCAGUUAGAACUGCUGAUGACUUCAAAAAGGUGCCUGAAGGGGGCUGCACUAAGAAGUGUGAAUUCAGGCUGGACUGUGGACAUGUUUGCACCCGCGUGUGCCACCCCUAUGACCCUGAGCACAAAGAGUAUCAAUGCAAUAAGCCUUGCCAAAAGAUACUCUGUGAGGAGGGACACCGGUGCAAAAAAACAUGCUUUAAACCCUGUGGGCCAUGCAUGGAGUUGGUACCAAAGAAUAUGCCAUUGUGUGGGCAUGUGCAAAUGGUGCCAUGUAGCAUCCCAGUUAGAACCUUCUGCUGUGAAAUACCCUGUACCAAGUUCCUGAGUUGUGGUCAUCAGUGUGGCAAACUCUGUGGAGAAGAAUGUGAAGACCACUGCAUACAGGAUGUCGAAGCAGAACUAAAAUGUGGGCACAUUCAGAAAAUUAAGUGCUGGAAAAAACGUGAUAUAGAAUUUGGAAUGCCAGUGCAAUGCAGAAAACCUUGCCAUGCAACACUGAGCUGUGGACACAAAUGUCCUGGUAACUGUCACUCAUGUACUCAGGGACGGUUCCAUGUUACCUGCCGUCACCCAUGCAAGCGUCUUCUAAUCUGCUCGCAUCCAUGCCAGGAGCCAUGCACAAAUGAGUGUCCUCCCUGCAACAGGGUGUGUCGGAACCGUUGCAUUCACAGUCAAUGCAAAAAGAAAUGUGGAGAAAGAUGCACCCCGUGCAUGGAGCCCUGCGAUUGGAAAUGUGAGCACUACACGUGUGGAAAACUAUGCUCCGAGCCAUGUGAUCGCCCACCCUGUGAUGUUGCCUGUGCUAAGAAACUAAAGUGUGGACACACCUGUAUUGGACUAUGUGGAGAGCCAUGCCCUUCAAAAUGUCGUGCAUGCGAUACGGAAGAGAUAACACAAAUCUUCUUUGGUACUGAGGAAGAGCCUAAUGCUUGUUUCAUACAACUAGAAGACUGUGGUCAUAUCUUUGAAAGAUCGGGCAUGGAUCACUAUAUGACAACAAAUAAUUUGUCCCAAGAAGGAAUCAAUAUCAAGCUUAAGGUGUGCCCUAAAUGUCAGGUCCCUAUCAGAAAAAAUCUGCGAUAUGGCACAUUUAUUAACAGAACUCUGGAUGAGAUCGAGCAAGUCAAGAAAAAAAUACAGGGUCCAGAAUAUGAAAGGGCAGAAACUCAGCAAAGACUAAAAGAUUCUUUGCAACAGAUGGUUCAGUUUAGGAGAACACUUUCUGUGGAAUAUCUUGAUCUGAAGCUGGCUUUGGAAAACUCAGACAUAUCGCUUAGGGAACUGUUCAAACUGGAGAACACUUCUUGGUUUUAUAAAAAGUUAGCAGAACUCUUUUCUAACAUACAUAAAGUAGAUGAGAAAGAGAAAGCCCAACUUAAAAAUCGUCUGCUAGAAAUUAAGGGCUGGGUGGGGAGAACCAGAUCCUCCUUCACCAAACAAGAGGUCUUGGACCUGCAAAACGAACUCAGACGUUUCACUUUCCUCUUGGAACUGCUUGCCAGAUGCAAGUCAGCCUGGAGAAUUAGCCCUGAAAAUCAAAAUGAAAUAGAGCUUUUAAGGAAAAUUUUAGAAGGAAACAAAAGGUUCACCCAGGAGGAUGAGCAGUUAGUAAAGGGUAAGCUGAAGGAGCUGGAGAAGAACCUUCCAUGCUCUGGUCUUGGGAUAAGCGAGGAUGAGCGGAUUAUGAUUGUAAAGGCUAUUGGACUGCAGCAAGGUCACUGGUUCAAAUGUCCCAAUAACCAUGUGUAUGUCAUAACAGAAUGUGGAGGAGCAAUGGAGCAGUCUAAAUGUCCCGAAUGUAAGGAGAUCAUAGGUGGCACACAGCAUAACCUUCACCGUACAAACCGUCUGGCCCCUGAAAUGGAUGGAGCACGUCAUGCAGCUUGGUCUGAUACUGCAAAUAACAUGAUGAAUUUCGAAGAAUUGCAAAGAGAACUGGACAACUUGGAACUGAACUGAAAGUUCAACAGCCAAAUGCAAGACUACUGAAUAAUAAGAUA